GAUUCAAGAGACGUAACUUACGCAACAACCGGGCUGGCCGAUAGCGUAAGAGGCGGCAAAUCGGGGUGACGGCGGCCAUUUUGUGUCUGGAGGCCGGAGAAGAAAGGCUGGUUUCCUUUUUAACCAGCGCCAAGCAGUUCCUGACGCGACUCGGCUCUCAGAGGCUCCAGAAAACCAAUUCCAACGGCUGUCUAGCUAGGAAAAUUAAGUCCCGGGAGUUGUUUUUAUAGCCACAAAGCAGCAGUAAAGUUCAGAGUAGGCGCGGUUGGGCCUCUCAGCGCUACCCUUCACAUAGUCGCGCACAGGGGUCCCUUUUCCUGCUUGGGAGAAUGCGAGGCUUCGGUGACCGAGGCCGCGAUCGUGACCGCGGCGGGUUUGGUAGCCCUCUACCUCCUAAAAAGUUUGGAAAUCCAGGGGAGCGUUUGCGGAAGAAGAAGUGGGACUUGAAUGAACUACCCAAGUUUGAGAAAAACUUUUAUGUUGAACAUCCGGAAGUAGCAAGACUCACUCCUUAUGAAGUUGAAGAGUUGAGAAGAAAGAAAGAGAUUACUGUAAGAGGGUCAGAUGGUUGCCCCAAGCCAGUAUUUGCCUUUCAUCAGUGUAACUUUCCACAAUAUGUAAUGGAUGUCUUGAUGGACCAACAUUUUACUGAACCAACUCCAAUUCAGUGUCAGGGCUUUCCUUUGGCCCUUAGUGGGCGUGAUAUGGUGGGCAUUGCACAGACUGGCUCUGGGAAAACAUUGGCAUAUUUGCUACCUGCAAUUGUUCAUAUAAACCACCAACCAUACUUGGAAAGGGGAGAUGGUCCAAUUUGUUUAGUUUUAGCUCCUACUCGAGAACUGGCCCAACAAGUCCAACAAGUAGCUGAUGAUUAUGGUAAAUGUUCAAGACUGAAGAGUACCUGUAUAUAUGGAGGAGCACCCAAAGGCCCCCAGAUUAGAGAUUUAGAAAGAGGUGUUGAAAUUUGUAUUGCUACACCUGGCCGUCUGAUUGAUUUCCUGGAAGCAGGGAAAACUAAUCUUCGCCGCUGUACAUAUCUUGUAUUGGAUGAAGCUGAUAGAAUGCUGGAUAUGGGUUUUGAACCUCAGAUUCGUAAAAUUGUUGAUCAAAUACGGCCUGACAGGCAAACACUCAUGUGGAGUGCCACUUGGCCAAAGGAGGUGCGACAGCUGGCUGAGGACUUCCUGCAUGAUUAUGUCCAGAUCAAUGUGGGGAACUUAGAGCUGAGUGCCAAUCAUAAUAUCCUGCAGAUAGUGGAUGUGUGCAUGGAGAACGAGAAGGAUCAUAAAUUAAUACAGCUGAUGGAAGAAAUUAUGGCUGAAAAAGAGAAUAAGACUAUUAUCUUUGUGGAAACAAAACGGCGAUGUGAUGACCUAACACGAAGGAUGCGUAGAGAUGGUUGGCCAGCUAUGUGUAUUCAUGGAGACAAAAGUCAGCCUGAACGAGAUUGGGUGCUUAAUGAAUUUCGUUCUGGAAAGGCUCCUAUCCUCAUUGCCACAGAUGUUGCAUCUCGUGGGCUAGAUGUGGAAGAUGUGAAGUUUGUGAUAAACUACGACUAUCCAAACAGUUCAGAGGAUUAUGUGCAUAGAAUUGGCCGUACUGCCCGUAGUACCAACAAAGGCACUGCCUAUACAUUCUUCACACCAGGAAAUCUGAAACAGGCUAGAGAGUUAAUAAAAGUUCUAGAAGAAGCCAAUCAAGCCAUCAAUCCAAAACUGAUGCAGCUUGUGGACCACAGAGGUGGUGGUGGUGGAGGAGGUGGUCGUUCUCGUUAUCGCACAAGCAAUUCAUCCAACAAUCCUAAUUUGAUGUACCAGGAGGAGUGUGAGCGAAGGCUCCGGGGAGUUAAGGAUGGCCGAAGAGACUCAAGUAAUUUCCGAGACCGUGAUCGCACUGACAGUUUUGCCAAUGGAGCCAACAAAGCCUAUGGUGGUGCUUACGGAAAUGCAACUUCUGCAUUUGGGGCACAGCAAAGCCAAUAUGGUUAUGCCCAGGGAGCCUAUGGAACUGCAACUUAUGGAGCAAGUGGUUAUGGGGCAGAAUAUGGUGCUGCUGGGUAUGGGGGAGCCAGCACUGCUAAUGCUGGGAGAAACUCACAAAGCACCAACCAACAGCAGUAUGCAGGGAUGGGCCGUUCAGGCCAGCAGCCACAGCCUCUCAUGUCACAACAGUUUCCUCAGCCUCCUGGCACCAGUGUGAUGGGCUAUAUGGGGCAGACUGCCAGUUAUCAGUAUCCUCCACCGCCACCACCCCCUCCUCCUUCACGCAAAUGAAGCCACUUCAUUUAGUGGUUAUCAGUGAAGAUUUGCAACCCUUUCUCACUUUUUCUGUCUCUUCCCAUUCUCAACAUCAUCUCCAUAGUGAUGUUUUUCUUACCAUCCAAAUUGUGCCCACAAAAAUGGUCCUGGUACACAUUAACUGAUUUUCUUUUAAAAACUAGUAUCAACUAUGGAAAACUAAUUACCUUAUGGCCUUGCAUUAUGUAAUCUGAAAUUUUCUGUCUCAAAAAAGAAAGAUCUACAAGGCAGUUUUGUCCCAGUCCAGCUGUUAUUGUGUCUGAGGCUUGUGUAUGAAAAAUUGCUGUGGAGAGGACUUUGGUGCAAUCACUAUAAUAUAAACAUCAAAAAAGAUAGUGCUAAGGAGUACCUCCUUUUUAACGGAAUAUUAAAUGUGUGAUUUUUGCUUACUGAAAUUGAGACUUAGAUUUUCUACAGCUAAUGAAAUGAGGUCUUGGAUUUGACAUAGGAGAAUUUGGGAAGAUAAUUUCUCUGGUUUGACUCUACUUAUUCUUUCAAACUUCUACAAAAUGUAAAAAUAAUUUUGAGUUUAGCUAGCGUUUCUGCAGCUUCUGAAUGUCUUACCAGCCCUGUGCAUAAGGGAUGUAAGUGUUGGAGAUUAAUGUUCUGUUGCAAUGCAUUUUCACCUUAGGUGUAAUCACAGAAUUGCUACACUUUAUUUUUAUUGGAUUUUUCUAUGGCUCUUAGAUUUCACCCAAGAUAUCACAAAUGACAUCUGCCCCAUAAUUUCAACUCGGGGGUUGAAGUUGUACUUAUAACAAAAGGUAUAUCUAUAAACAUGGGGAAUCUAUACAGUUCCUAUAUGUUCAUCAUCUGAUCCAUUUACUUGGUAUCAAGAUUCCUCAAUGGACAUGCGUGAGAUCCCACUGCAUUAAGCAAAAGUGUUCCAUUUUUCAGAUUUACUUAAGCUAAACAAAAUCUUAAAAUCUCAUAAAGGGAUGGUGAGGAGAUAGCUAAUAUGCCUUGAAGCUGCAUUUAUAUCCACAUCUGACUAGGUUUCCAAUGGCUUUAUGAGUGAGUUUCUUCAGCUGGCUCCUAUACUCAGCUUUUACAGGUAGGUAGCACCCUAGAUUUUAGGAGGAGAGAGAACUUUAGCAAAUGCUUUCAUUCAUUUUUGUUUUUUUUCCCAGUCUGAGAAAGGUUUAAAGUUGGGGAGUGGGGAGGGUGGGAUGGGAUAUUCAAAUAUUAAAGUUUCUGUUUUGUAAGUAGCAGGAGAAAGUUGAUAGUAGUUGGUUUCACCUGUUAUGUCCAGAUAAACAUGGCAGGAAAAUCUCUUCUGUCCUAAGAGACAGAAUCUAUGGGGGUUUUCUUUUCUUUUUUUCUUUUUUUUUUCAGUUUUGGGAAACAGGUUGUUAAAACAACUGAGUUAUUUAUAGCAAUGUGGGUUUGACUUAUAAAAAUGGGAUUUAAAUACAUGUUUCUCAAUAAGAGCAGGCUGGAGAAUAAUAACCACUUGUGUGCCUGCGCACAUCAUACAGGUAGGUUGUUGGUACAGACCUUGUACAAUAAAGGCUUGCUAGUUAAAUCCUCUUUCUCAGUUUGAGUUUCCAUAAUCGUAAUUAAGAUAUAUAUUUGGCAGUUAUCUUCAUUGAAAAUAUUAGAAAUGAACAUUCAUUUACUGAACACUGCCUGAUUUGUAUUUUCUUUCUUAAUAAAAACAUCAUGGAGCUGUUGUUCAUGCAGAAAUAAAUCUACAGGCCUAGAGUAGGGUUGGGGGGGUAGAAUAAAUUCUUCCCCAUUGUCUUUAAAGGAAUUUGGUCUUCAUCUUUGCCAAUAGAAAAUUGUAUUAGGGCCUUACAGUGCUGUACUGUAGCUUGAACAUAGUUACAGCUUGGUGUGUGUUGUGCUCAGACUGAGCAUUAACAAAUAAUUGAACUCUGACAUGUACAGCUUGUUUCCACAUAUCAGUUUAAAAAUGUGGCCAAUUGGUAAUAAUAUUUGCUCAGUAAAUAUACCAAUAUCCAGCCUAUAUUCCCUUUUACAAAAGUCAUUGUGUAGGCUUUGUUUAGUUAAAAGAUGCAGACUCUUAAAACCCUGCAGGCUUCUUAGGUUGAAUCAUUGGGGACUGUUUUUCCCCCAUAUUGGUAUUUGAACACAUUCCUGUUCUGUGAAUAAAGACUUGAAAAGAAGAGAUUCAUAGCUCUCUGAUGUUCAGGCACAGUAUAUUAAAAAGCUAUGUUACUAUUAGUUUGUAAAUUGUCCUUUUGAUACCAUCUUGUUUUCUUUUGUAGGUAUAAAUAAAAACACUGUUGUCAAUAAAA